AGAGAAAACUCUAGAACUUGGAUUUGACCAUAAUUAAUUAUUGGAUAAUUGAUCCAAUAAUUAAACUUGAUUCAAAAUCAAGUUUAACUUUCAACAGGCAAUGCUCACGGCGCAGAGAGAAGAGAAGGCCAAAUUCAUGUCAGACACUUUGCGGAAGUACAUUUCCCGCGAAGAAUGUUCCCAAGUACUGGCUCUUUCAACUUCUGAUUUUUCUUUCGUUUUUUUUGUUACCCUAAUUCUGUUUUUUUUUUGGCCCUAUCAACAUAUCUGUGAAAUUGACUUGCUUCUCAAGUUCUUGCGAUAGUGAUACUUGAAAUUACGAAAUUCACCAAACUGAUACGAAUCAGAGAAUUGUCUUUAUCUUUUUUUCUUGUGAACACAUAAGAAUCUGAUGUUUAAACCCACAGUUUCUCAGAAUAGUUCAUGUGUAUAUAAUGUUCCAGGCUAAACGGCGCAAGACCUAUAGGCAAGAGAUAAUAUCCAAUUAUCAGGUGAGGAGCCUUUGCUCGUCUUUGCUUUCUUAGACUUUCUUUAUGCAAUGUUUCCUUUUCUUGCAGCCACGUUUCAAGGGGUUGUAUAAACUUGAUCCCAAAUUGUUUUUGCUUCCCUCGUUCCGCAAGGCGAUCAGCGAAAACACAGAGGAAAGCUUCAGACGUAUCAUUUCUGAACCGUUUCCUGGUGUUUUUGUCUUUAAAAUGUUUCAGCCUGACUUCUCUGAGAAAUUGCUAUUAGAGGUAACAAUAACCCAUCAUCUUGCCACUUAUUAUCUGCCGUGCUCUUACCUCUUUGGUUUACUUUUGUUCAUUUUCUGCUGUUUGAUUAACCAGGUAGAGAAUUUCAGAAAGUGGGCUAAUGAGACAAACUUCACGAUCAGGAGACCAGACAACACGAGUAAAUACGGUGUUGUACUUGACGACUUUGGCCUGGAUAUUAUGCUUAAGCAACUCAUGGAUGAUUUUAUCUUUCCUAUUUGCAAAGUAUUCUUUCCUGAAGUGUGUGGAACAAUGUUUGACUCUCACUAUGGAUUUUUUAUUGAAAAUGGUGAAGAUAGGGAUGCUGACGUAGGCUUUCAUGUGGAAGAUUCAGACAUAACAUUGAAUGUUUGUUUGAGUAAACAAGGUGAGGGAGGAGAAAUACUUUUCGCAGGCGCACGAUGCAAUAAACAUAUGGAUAUAGAUCCAAAGCCAGAGGAAUAUUUUGAUUACUGCCAUAUACCGGGUCAAGCUAUACUUCACCGUGGCUGCCACGUCCAUGGUGCUAGAGCCACAGCAUCUGGUCGUCGGGCCAAUAUGAUUCUUUGGUGCCAGAAGUAA